UAGUAACUUUACUUAUGAAAGUAAUAUAUUUAAAGGUUUAAAUACUCUAUAAUAUAAACAUUGUAGGGAGAAGUUGGUGAUGCUAGUUGCCUGGUUGUUGGGCAAAAUAUAACAAAAUAAGGGAUGGCUCCAGGCUUUUCAAUACGUCUUUUAAAAACUAAUAGUUUCUCGAAAACUACGUUUAGAUGAGGUAUGUUUACCUUGGUGCGUUUGAAAUCAAACACCGCGCCUCCCGCUCCACGGCCACGCCCCAGAACCCUGUGCGGUUGCGCAAUUACGUCGCUGCACAGCUCGCUGCUGUGCUGCUGCAUGGCAAGAGAGCAGCUGCAGAGAGAGAGAGAGAGAGAGAGAGCGAUCAGGGAUCGCUGACAACAACGGGCUGGCUCAUGCUGGAAAAGUCAGAAACGCAACAUUUUCUCUCUCUGUGAUCCGACAGUUUUCAACUUCAACCUUCUUCUCUUUCUGACAGCACAUUGUAUGUUUUCUUCGCUCGCUUUGGGACUGCAUUUCUCAAUCCGACGGCCUGAAAUGACUGGAUAGGUACCGCGUCUAGCCAAUGCUUGCUGCAGGGGCUUCUGUCUUGUGGAUUAUCCGUCGUCGUCGUCGCCGAGCAAGUCGUACGGUCGAGCCCGGAGGAGGCCCCGCUCUGCUGGAUGGAUGUGUGUGAGGCGGCGCGGUGAUAAUGAUGCUGCUGCUCGGCUUUCAUCGGCACUGGGUCAACUGAUCUUGGAUGUCCGGGCUACAUCGCCCCCCGUACACGAACCAUUUUCUCCCACAGCAACACUUUAAUUCCUUAAAAACUGGACGCCCCUGGAGCAGUUUAUGACGAGCCUGGUAGGAGCGUGAUGAGCGCGCGCUUCCGCUUGCCUGCUGGCAGAUCCUACAAUGUCCGGGCGACGGAGCUGGAGCGAGACAGGCAGCACACACAGGUUGUGUGCAACGUGCUGCUGCUGGACAACACUGUGCAGGCGUUCAAAGUCAACAAGUCGGAUCACGGCCAGAUGCUGCUGGACGCCGUGUUUAAGCACCUGGAGCUGACCGAGAGAGACUACUUUGGCCUGCACCUGGCUGAUGAUGGCUCAGAUACACCACGCUGGCUGGAUCCCAAUAAGCCCAUCAGGAAACAGUUAAAAAGAGGGUCUCCACAUAACCUGAGCUUCAGAGUCAAAUUCUUUGUGACUGAUCCGAGUAAACUUCAGGAAGAAUACACACGGUACCAAUAUUUCCUUCAGAUCAAGCAGGAUAUAUUAACUGGAAGAUUGCCCUGUCCUCACAACACAGCUGCGCUGCUGGCAUCCUAUGCUGUUCAGUCCGAGUUGGGGGACUACAAUGAAGCGGAGCAUUCUUCCGGCUACCUGUCUGAAUUCUGCUUCAUCCCAAACCCCCCACAAGACUUCCACAAAGAGGUCUCCAAACAUCACCAGCAGCACAGCGGUCUGUCUCCUGCCCAGUCGGAGUUUAAUUAUCUGAACACAGCACGCUCGCUAGAGCUCUACGGGGUGGAGCUGCACUAUGCAAGGGACCAGAGCAAUGCAGAGAUUCUGAUUGGGGUGAUGUCCGCUGGCAUUGUGGUUUACAAGAACAGGGUACGGAUCAACUACUUCCCAUGGUUGAAAAUAGUGAAAAUCUCCUUCAAGUGCAAACAGUUUUUCAUCCAGCUGAGAAGAGAGGCGGCAGAGACUCGGGAGACACUGCUGGGCUUCAACAUGGUCAACUACCGGGCCUGUAAGAACCUGUGGAAAGCCUGUGUGGAGCACCACACCUUUUUCAGGCUGGAGCGGCCCAUACCCCCACAGAAAAACUUCUUCGCUCACUACUUCAGCCUGGGCUCAAAGUUCAGAUACUGUGGGAGGACAGAAGUGCAAUCUGUGCAGUAUGGAAAGGAGAAAGGGAUCAAGGACAGAGUUUUUGCCAGGUCUCCCAGCAAGCCAUUGGCGAGGAAGUUGGUGGGCGGGACCGACUGGGAGUCGGUGAGCAGGAACAGCCUAUCAGACGAGAGACUGGAAACCCAAAGCCUGCCCACACGUUCGCCACCUGGAACGCCGAACCAGAACUCGCUGUUUGUCCAAGAUGGCACACGACUACGCCCGUCGUCGGUUGGCCACCUGGUUGAUCAUGUGAUCCACGCUUCGCCCAGCCUACCUGUCUUCUCCUCCAAUCACAAGUCGGCGUCGUCCACGCAGGCCAACAGCAUCAGCCUGGACUCGACACCGUCUCCCGAUGGGGUAGAUGGCCAACCUCCAGCUCUGCCUCCGAAGCAGCUGAGCAGGAAAACUCUGAGCCAGAUCAUCCAGGCCCAUUCGCAGCAGAGCCUCCUGGACAACCACCUCAACGAGAUGUACGACGUUCCCGUCAACGCCGACAAAACCACGCUGAACGGAGUCGUCCCACACGAUAAUCUGGUCCUGAUCAAGAUGAGGCCCGAUGAACACGGACGUUUCGGCUUCAAUGUCAAGGGUGGAGCUGACCAGAAGAUGCCCAUCAUUGUGUCCAGAGUGGCUCCGGGAACCUCAGCCGACCUCUGCGUGCCUCGCCUUAAUGAAGGGGACCAGGUGGUUCUAAUAAAUGGGCGGGACAUCUCUGACCACACCCAUGACCAGGUGGUGAUGUUCAUCAAGGCCAGCUGUGAAAGCCACUCUGGAGAACUCAUCCUACUGGUCAGGCCGAACGCCAUCUACGACGUAGUGGAAGAGAAGGUCGACUCCGAGCCGGAAUUUCAGUACAUCCCAGAGAAGUCCCUGCAGGAUCCCACCCAGCUCGACCAACAUGCCUUGAGGGACUCCAUGGUGGCUCUGAAGGAAGGCCUGAGUAGUGGAGCCAUUCUGGCUCAGUUUGAUCAACUGUACAGGAAGAGGCCGGGGAUGACCAUGCUGUGUGCCAAAUUACCUCAGAACGUUUCCAAAAAUCGCUACAGAGACAUCUCCCCAUAUGAUGCCACACGGGUCGUACUGAAAAGCACAGACGACUACAUAAAUGCAAACUACAUCAAUAUGGAGAUUCCUGCGUCCAGCCUGAUAAACCGCUACAUAGCGUGCCAGGGCCCACUGCCCAACACCUGCCCUGACUUCUGGCGGAUGACUUGGGAGCAGGGCUCGUCGAUGGUGGUCAUGCUGACCACACAGGUGGAGAGGGGCAGGGUGAAGUGUCACCAGUACUGGCCCAACCCAGACAGCAGCGCCACCUACGGAGACUUUAAAGUCACGUGCCACAACGAAGAGGGCAACUCCGCCUUCCUGGUGCGGGAGAUGACUCUCACUCACUCACAGAGUGAACAGCAGAGAGAGCUCACUCAGCUCCAGUACCUGGCUUGGCCGGACCACGGCGUUCCUGAUGACUCUACCGAUUUCCUGGACUUUGUGGCUCUGGUACGAAGCAAACGGGCCGGACAGGACCAGCCAAUGGUGGUGCACUGCAGCGCUGGGAUUGGUCGAACUGGGGUUCUGAUCACCAUGGAGACAUCAUUGUGUCUGAUGGAGUGUGGCCAGCCUGUGUAUCCUCUGGAUAUUGUCAGAACCAUGAGAGAUCAGAGGGCCAUGAUGAUACAAACACCAAGCCAGUACCGCUUUGUGUGCGAGGCCAUCUUGAAAGUGUACGAUGAAGGUCUGUUCAAGCCCCAAGCAGCGGCCGUCUACCAGCUGAAGGAGAAGCCGAGGGAGGAAAAGGCUGAGGAGGAAACGAAGAAGGAAGCGAAGAAAGAGGACGGAAGAGAGUCGGAGAAAGUGGAAGAGGAAGCAGAGGCAGCUGUGGUGGAGCUUCUGGAGGGAGGCCUGGACGAGGAGGAUGAGGACGACGACGAGGAAGUAGAGGUGUUGGACGUGGGGGAAGUGACGGAAGAGGAGGAGGAGGAGCCGAGCGUCGCGAGCUGCACCAGCGUGACGAGCGAGACCAGCGCGAACCCAGAUCCGGAUCCCGUUCCUGCUGACCCCUGACCUCAGCAUGGAAGUCGCCAGGAGGAGGAGAAAACAGAAGCACUGUUGCACUUUAUGCCGAUAAAAACGGAAAAAAAGGACAAACAUGAAAACGCUGAACUGAAACGACAACAAAAAAAAAAAAAACUAAACAGAAAUCCAGCUGUGUUGAAUAGGUACAGUGACGGGGUGUUUUAUGAUCAGGGUUAGAAGACAAGUGUACAAAGAAUAAAAAAAAGUACGAAAAAAUAAAGUUUGGAUUGGGAAAUUGCUGUAGUGCCAUAAGUCCGAAGGGGAGGGGCUUCCCCAUGGAUGAAAAGCUGUCCCGACCUUCAUUUUUGUUGUUUUUUUUCUUCUUCUUUUAACCCAGAGGGGUCAUCCUGUCCUCUUCUAAGCGAGUCUGCCAUACGGACCUGCCUUUUUUAAAGUCCUUUUAGCUGAUACAGAAAGAAAUCUUAUCUUUUGUUCCUCAGACAGAGUAUUUAUUGUGUUUUAGUUUGUGUCAAACCCUGUCCACUCAACAAAAAAAAGCUGUAUGUUCUGUUUGUUUGUACGAGUCUAGAACUUCAUGCUUUCCUGAUUAAAUCUUAGCUAGUGAAAUAGUGUUACGCCCCCUGCUCCGUUUUGUUUGAGGUUUUUUUUUUUUUUUUUUUUUUUUUUUUGGGGUUUUUAAAGGG